AUGCCAAUUCCCUACAUCAAGUCCAAGGAUGAUUUGGACUUGUACAUAUCCCAGAAUGAUUAUGUGAUGAUCAAUUUCACCGCGUCAUGGUGUGGUCCGUGCAAAGCAGUGGCACCUAUUUUGGAACAAUUAUACAGCGAUCCAGAACAACGGUAUAAUAUGAUAGAGGUGGUUAAGGUUGAUUUGGAUUCUCAGCAGGAGGUGUGUCGUCGGUAUGAAGUCACCAGCGUGCCUACGUUUGUUUUUAUUGAAAAGGGUAAGGAAACGAGUCGAACAGUGGGAGGAAAUAUUCCUGAAAUCAAACAGAAACUCGAUGCCUUGCGGGAGAAAGCUCCUGAGGGAUUAAAGAGGAAGGAGAGAGGAACUCCCGUAAAGAUUGCAGACGAAUUGAAGAAAUAUAUCAGCGGCAAUUACGAGAUUCUAAAUUCUACGGUUCAUACUGGAGGCUUUGAAGCACUCAAUGCCAUCAGCUUAUACGCCAACGGAGACUUGAGAGUUACCAUCAAGCAGAGUACCAAGAAAAUGGGAAUUAUAUCCGAUGCCGAUGCUCAAUUGUUACUCCAUGUGCCCUUGAUGAACAUUUCAAAAGUAUAUUCGAUAUUGUUGAAACUCAAAAAGCCCGAAUACAAGCAGGAAUACGUUCUUGAUGAAGAAGAUUACUCCCAGGAGACCCAGUUCCCCUCGGUGGUGAAAGUAUGGGCAAAUCACACCAGUCUCAUAUCCUUUGACGACGCCGCAAGCGACAAUAAUCCAGGACACAUUGAGAAAAUCGGCGAACCGGACGAAAAUGGCUGGUACGAGUGUCGCUUGAAGUUUGUCCGGUUUCAAAAGACCCAGUCUCUUACGAUCUUUGUCGAUGGAGAUGACGAAGACUUGCAUACAUUGAUAGAUGAAAUUGUCAUUGUGGGAUUGUCGGGAGAAGCUAAGGAGCAGCCAACGCUUCUGGCUCUAGAAGAGGAUUAG